CUGUUAUGCGGGAAAAUCUUUGUUUGACUGUUUAGUUUCGGAAUUAAUCCCGAAGAGAAUCCGAACUAUUUUGAUAAAAUAAAAAAGUAAUUCUUUAGUUUGGCAUAAAGUUAAUUAUUAAAAUUAUUUAUUCACGAAUGUUGGAAAGCUUUUUUGAGUUUUAUUUUGCUUUUUGCUAUUAUGUGAUUUGGUUUGUCUUCCAAACAAAGCAAUGUGAAACAAAAGAUUAAAGUUUCUCAUGUACCAUGACACAGUGUUUUCCAAAACUUGGUGACCUAUUUCUUCUAUUCCUUGGUCUUUAAUGAAUUUCAAAGAUGGGGAGCUCCUCUAGUAAAUUUAGAAAAUAUUUACAAAAUGGAGAUGAAUAUGCUGCUCUUCAAGUAUUUCAACAUUCGUUUGAAUUACAACAUAAUCUUGAUCCAAAUUCUUCAUAUGGUGAUACUCUGAAGCAUAACACUCCAUUGCAUUUGGCUGCUUAUCAUGCUAUGAAACCUUUAUUACGGAUAUUCUUGACUAAACUCCAAGGCAAUCCUAAUAAGCAAAAUGCUUCAGGGGAGAGUGCAUUGCAUUUAGUUUGCCAGGGAGAUUCACCUAGGAGUGAAAGAAAAGAACGUAGAGCAAUAUGUCUUAAUCUUAUGUUGCAAUUAUCUUAUCUUGCAUUUGUAUCUUCUGAGGAUAAACUUUCUCUAGACUGUUUGGAUAAUGAGGGUAACACAGCUCUUCACUUUGCAGCAGCAUCUGGCUUAAUGAAAUGUGUUGAAUUACUUGUUUCUCAUGGUGCCAACCUGUUUGUUGAGAACAAAUCAUCAGAAACUGCUUGUGAUUUGGCAGCAAAGAAUAAGCAUGAAGAUAUUGCUCAGUUUCUUGAAGCUAAAAUGAUUUUUUUUCUUGAUACAACUGUGUUAAAGGAAUCACUAUCUACAGAAGAAGCUGAGGAAGAAAUCACAAGUGGAUUGAGAGCUCAAGAUUUACUCGAAGCCAAAGAUCAACUUUUAGUAGAAACCAGUGAUAUGCUUCAUGUUCCAUUGUUCACAGCUGAAGUGCUACUUCGAAAUUAUGAGUGGUCAAGGCAGAGUUUACUGGAUGCCUGGAUGAGAGAUCCUGUUACAUGCUGCAAUAAAGUUGGCAUAACACCUCCAUCAAGUGCAGUGAAUUUUUCAGCUACCCAAGAUUCUUUAAAAGCAUGCUGUGAACAGAUACAGCAAGAAUAUCACAAUGAGACUCUCAAUAGCCCUGUGCACACGGUUGUUGUCAAGGAAGAAAUAAUGUGUGGUAUUUGCAUGAAAGAUAUGUCUACAGAAGAAACCUUGCAAGUACCUUGUUUACACCAGUUUUGUCAAGAAUGUUGGAAAGAGUAUCUUACUAUUAAAAUAAGUGAUGGUGAUACACAGAAAAUUCUCUGUCCAGCCUUUGAAUGCCCUUUCAUCGUUCCUGUUGAUGUCAUAGAAAAAAUUGUUUCUGAGGAGAUGAUUAAAAGAUACUCACAAUUUGAUAUUAAGGCAUUUGUUGAAAGCAAUCCAACUAUGAAAUGGUGCCCCUACCCUGCCUGCGCUAUGGCUGUAAAACUUCCAGAAACAGAGAAAAUUAGUGAGGAAUUACUGGCUAUUUCGUUCAGUACUCCUCCAUCACUAUCUCAUUCAGUAGAUUGUGGGAAUGGACAUUAUUUUUGCUGGGAAUGUUUGGGAGAAGCUCAUGCUCCCUGUGGUUGUGAGAAGUGGAAGGAAUGGCAUAAUAAAAUAGCAGAAAUCAAGCCACAAGAAUUAAAAAAUACUUAUGUUGAGACAGAACAAGCUGAAAACUCAUUGUGGUUAGUUACAAACUCUAAGCCGUGCCCUAACUGCAAAUGUCCUAUCCAACGCACUGAAGGGUGUAACCACAUGAAAUGUACUAAAUGCAAAUAUGAAUUUUGUUGGGUGUGUUUAGAAGCAUGGAAAAAACACAAUUAUGGAACUGGUGGCUAUUUCAGAUGCAAUCGACAUGACGCUGUAAAACGUGCAGAAGUUAAGACAGAAGCUCUAAUAAAUGAAGCUGAAGAACAUAAUAAACAUAUGCAGGAGCUUAAAAGAUUUUUACAGUAUUAUACAAGAUUCAAAAAUCAUGAAAAUAAAUUCAAAUAUGAAGAGACAUUUGUGAAGCCCAUGCAAGAAAAAAUGAAUAUUUUAGUGGCAACCUUAGCUAUGACAUCAUCACCCGAAGCAGACACUUCCUUUUUAGAAGACGCAAUAUACGAGCUUCUUCGAGCAAGGCGUAUCUUGUGCGGCACAUAUGUACAUGGUUUUUAUUUAGAAGAUAAUGGAUAUAAUAAAACUAUAUUUGAAUAUCUGCAAAAAGAACUGGAAGAGGUGACGGAAAAGCUGUCUGAGUCAAUUACUCAUGUCUAUCUACAAACUCCUCAAUCCAAAGUCGUCCAAAUGACGACAUCUGUUAAAAGAAAAAGACUUGAUUUGCUGAAUGCAGUUCAUAAAGGUUUGACACCUCCUGAAACACCAACUAGCCAACGUAAAAAGAGAAGGAAUCGUUUACCUGGUCUAAUGGGGAUGGAUCCUGUUGAAGAUAUGAACGGAUUAUUAGAUUCAUUAGAGAAUGUUGAUCCGAAUGAUCCCUGGGUUAUUAACCGACAGGGUAAACACACAAAUGUUGCGGCAGUUUGUGAUUGGCCUGAUUAUGACAGUGAUGAAGAUGUUAUUGCUAAUUCAGUCCUGGCAUCUGUUUUAGGUACUUGUUCUCGAGAAGGCUGUAAAAGACCCAGAGUUAAAAAUAGAAGAACUGGUGAUAUCCAUGAAUUUUGUUCUUUAUCUUGCAAGCAUUGGAAUGUUCUAAAAAGUUCAAGCUCUGAUAAAGUCACAGCUGUUGUUGAUCCUAAUAUGGAUUAUCUUAUUGCUUUGGAAUUAUCUAAAUUACAAAUGCCAGAAGGAAGAGUUAGUGAUGAAAAUGAGCAUCAAAACAGUGAACCUAGUUUGGAAUCUUCACAUGAAACUGCUGCCAAGUGGAUUCCAAAUGCAGAGGAAGAUCACAUUAGCCACGGAAGAAAUCAAAAUGAAUUCAUUGAUUCUCCAGAUUCUACAAGCUCACAUGAUGAAGAGCAAAUGAAUAAUAAUAUAUUAAAAUCUUCCUCUGAUGAAAACUUUGUUAUCUCAGAAAUUACUUUUAAAAUAAAUGCUUUCCAUAAGAAUGAAGGACAAGACAAUACUCUUGAUAUUUCCAGUUUGAAUUUGUAUUCUAAAAAUUGUGAACAAGACUCAAAAAACUUCAAUGUGAUACCCAAAAACUUAGAUUCCAAAACAGAAAAAGAACUCUUUCGUUUAGAAAAAAACGCUGACGUUCCUAAAGUUAGUGAUGUGCAGUCAGGAAUGGAUGUCAAGCACACCUUGGAAAACACAUGAGCAAUAUCUGAGAUGUCAAACUUGUUACCAUUUGAGGAGUUAAUGCAUUUAAUGUAUGUUUCUUAUAACAUCCACAUAGUUUUAAUUGUGAAGUGAAUUUUUGGUGAUAAGAGUUUAGAAUGUUUCUAACAUUUUUAAAAGAUUAUUGUACUAUAAUUCAGUUUGUAAUCAUAAUUAAAUCAUGUCAGAAAUUCUAAUAGUUGCCAAUUACUUAAUUGUCACAUAAAUCUCAUUUUACGACAUAUGAAUGAAAACUGCAGUGCAGUUAAAAAUGAUUGAUCAUCAGCAAUUUAGCUGUAUUUCAGAGUUGAACUUACAGUAUUGAACUUACAACUCAUUUUGCUAAAGAGAUUUUUGUUGUAUCAAAGUUUUGUUGACUGUUAGAAGACAAUAAUUUACUUUUGAAUUAUGAGAUACGUUUUUUAUGUUUAUCUUCAUCAGUUGAGCACAAUAUUUAAUUUCAGAAACCCCCCUCAGAUUGUAAAAUUAAAAUCAAGCGAUGAUGUGUAUACUAGAGAUGAGUUUGAACACACUUUUGGAGAUCCGAGCAGCAUUAGCCUGAAAAAUUUUAAUUCGAGCCCGAGGUUACUCAGAAUUUGUCCGAGAUAUUCGUUGAAUAAAGGCCCAAAUUUGCAGUGUUGUCACUAAGCAUUUGAUGUCUAAACAAGGAAAGGAGUCAUUAAAAUCUUUUUUGCACCACUAAUAACUGGUUUGUAAACCAAAAAACGAAGAGAAAAAAGUAGAAUUGAAUGAGAAAGAGAAAUGGUGAAGAGGAAUCAUCAUCAUUUAACUUUUGUAAGAUUCCAAAUCAGAAACUCUCUUAGUAAACUGUUAGGUUUGAGAAUUUAUUUUUAUUUUGCUCUGCUGCUUCAUGUAAGAAUGUCUUAGUAAAGUAAGAGAAAAGUUAAUGCAAAUUUUAUUCACGAGUCCACCCAAAACCAUUUUUCAGUAAACGAUCCCAAGAUCUGACCGAGUCUGUCUCAUCUCUUGUGUAUACACGUCGGAAGUAGGAUAAAUGCUCCUGUUAUAAAUUUUACAUAAAAUGACUACGGAUAUUACACUUUUAAUAAAUAAAAAAUUAACUAUUCAUAUCUGAAAAGGUUACUGUUAUUAGAAAGUUGUGAACAAUUAUCAAAAUAUAAUAAAGUAAAUAAGAUACAAAGUAAGAGUAAUACAAUUGAAAUACAAAUUAUAAUAAACUACAUAAAAAUAGAAAAUAAUUUUAAGAAUUUCAAUUUAUUUCAGUGGUAUUCCUUGAAUUAUGAUACCACACAAAGCGUACACCAGUAUCUUGACUGCAUAUGGAUUCCAUUUUUCGAGCAGACGGUGUAUUGCUGGAGUUACCGUGAAACCUCUCNGGGGGGGGGGGGGGAGCGACUGCUCUUUGUUCCACAGUAAAAUGGCCAUUAAAGGAGAUUGGUUGUUCUUAGGGAUUACUUCCUAUGACUUCAAAAUGUUAUCAAGGCACAUGUUUUUUCGCAAACGAUUUUAA